CCGAAGACAUCCGAACAGACCGACAUGUUCCAGUUUGAACCGGUUACAGAAAGUUUAAUGCCUUUCAUUGCAAGGAAGGUGGGAGUUUGGCGUAGACAUGAAACAGGCCUCUUCUCCAAAAUAAUUCAUGCCACCAAUAAGUAUGAGUAUGGCUAACCUCCCAGAGGAAGCUGCCAAACUUCUGGAUUUUAACCAGAAGCUGGACAUAAAUCUCCUGGACAACAUUGUUGCUAUGAUGUAUACAGGCGAUGGACAACAGCGCAUGGCACAAGAGGUACUUACUACACUGAAAGAACAUCCUGAUGCAUGGACGAGGGUAGACACCAUAUUAGAAUACUCCAGCAAUCAACAGACAAAGUAUUAUGCUCUUCAAAUAUUAGAAAAUGUCAUCAAAACUAGAUGGAAAGUCUUACCGAGACCACAGUGUGAAGGUAUAAAGAAAUAUAUUGUUGGAUUGAUAAUCAAAACAUCAUCGGAUGCUACCAUGUUAGAACAAGAAAAGGUCUACAUUGGAAAACUUAACAUGAUCCUUGUACAAAUUCUAAAAUAUGAAUGGCCACGGAACUGGCCGUCAUUCAUUUGUGAUAUUGUUGGUGCUAGCAAAACAAAUGAGUCGCUUUGUCAGAACAACAUGAUCAUCCUGAAGCUUUUAAGUGAAGAAGUGUUUGACUUCAGCAGCGGCCAAAUGACACAAGCCAAAGCUAAACAUUUGAAGGAUAGUAUGUGUUCCGAGUUCUCACAGAUCUUUCAACUUUGUCAGUUUGUUAUGGAUAAUUCUCAAAAUGCACCUCUGGUUGGUGCAACACUGGAAACGUUACUGCGAUUUCUCAACUGGAUCCCACUUGGAUAUAUUUUUGAAACAAAAUUGAUCAGUACACUGAUUUACAAGUUUUUGAAUGUUCCAAUGUUCAGGAAUGUCACACUGAAGUGUCUCACAGAAAUAGCUGCUGUUCAAGUAUCGCAGUACGAUGACCAAUUUUUACUUCUCUUCAAUUUAGGAAUGGGGCAACUGAAACAGAUGCUUCCACUACAAACUAACUUGAGAGAAGCUUACCAGAGUGGAACAGAUGACGAACAAAACUUCAUACAAAAUCUCAGUCUUUUCCUGUGUUCUUAUUUGAAGGAACAUAGUACAUUAAUAGAGAGAAAACAGGAGAAUCAUGAAACGUUACUGGAGGCACUUAAUUACCUUAUCCUGAUAUCAGAAGUUGAAGAAGUGGAGAUUUUCAAAAUCUGUCUCGAGUAUUGGAAUAGCCUGGCAGCAGACAUUUACAGGGAGAGUCCCUUUUCUGCCACAAGUUCCUCUCCUCUUCUCCUGGGCAAGUCUCACCAUAAUGAGCUGCCUGCCCGACGACAGCUGUACAACCCUGUGUUAUCACGAGUGCGGAGAGUGAUGAUCUCUAGAAUGGCAAAACCUGAAGAGGUGCUGGUUGUGGAAAAUGAACAAGGAGAGGUUGUUAGGGAAUUCAUGAAGGAUACAGACUCAAUAAAUUUAUACAAGAACAUGAGGGAGACACUUGUCUAUCUAACACAUUUGGAUUGUGCAGACACUGAAUCCAUUAUGACUGAAAAACUACACAAUCAAGUGAAUGGCACUGAAUGGUCAUGGAAAAAUCUUAAUACACUAUGCUGGGCUAUUGGGUCAAUCAGUGGUGCAAUGCAUGAAGAUGAUGAAAAGAGGUUCUUGGUGAUUGUGAUAAAGGACUUGUUAGGGUUAUGUGAGCAGAAGAGAGGGAAGGACAACAAAGCCAUCAUAGCGUCCAACAUCAUGUACGUAGUAGGGCAGUACCCACGCUUUCUCCGGGCUCAUUGGAAGUUUCUCAAAACAGUUGUCAACAAAUUGUUUGAAUUUAUGCAUGAAACUCAUGAUGGUGUACAAGAUAUGGCCUGCGACACAUUUAUCAAGAUAGCACAGAAAUGUCGUCGUCACUUUGUGCAAGUGCAAGUGGGCGAGGUCAUGCCUUUCAUUGAAGAAAUCUUAAAUGGCAUCAACACUAUUAUCUGUGAUCUACAGCCGCAGCAGGUACAUACAUUUUACGAGGCAGUUGGGUUAAUGAUCAGUGCACAGACUGACCAGGUGGCCCAAGAACAUCUUAUUGAGAGGUACAUGCUACUGCCAAACCAAGUAUGGGACGGAAUCAUCAACCAAGCUACACAGAAUGUUGAAGUGCUCAAGGAUGCUGAUGCUGUAAAACAACUUGGAAACAUCCUGAAAACUAAUGUCAGAGCCUGCAAGGCAUUGGGCCACCCCUAUGUUGUACAGUUGGGGAGGAUCUAUCUGGACAUGCUCAAUGUGUACAAGGUCAUGAGUGAGAAUAUCAGCAGUGCUAUAGCUACCAACGGGGAGAGCGUCACCAAACAGCCCCUUAUCAGGAGCAUGAGGACAGUCAAGAAAGAAACACUCAAGUUGAUAUCAGGAUGGGUCAGUCGCUCCAAUGAUCCUGCCAUGGUUGCUGAGAACUUCAUUCCACCUUUAUUGGACGCUGUGUUACUUGACUACCAAAGAAAUGUUCCAGCUGCCAGAGAACCUGAGGUGCUCAGCACAAUGGCAACCAUUGUCAACAGAUUGGAAAACCACAUUACAAAGGACAUCCCCCAGAUCUUUGAUGCUGUGUUUGAGUGUACAUUGGAUAUGAUCAAUAAGGACUUUGAGGAGUUCCCAGAGCACAGAACAAACUUCUUCCUGCUCUUGCAAGCUGUCAACUCGCACUGCUUCCAAGCUUUCUUGAACAUCCCACCAGCACAAUUCAAGUUGGUAUUGGAUUCUAUAAUUUGGGCUUUUAAACACACCAUGAGGAACGUGGCGGACACUGGACUAGACAUCCUGUAUGUGUUGCUACAGAAUAUAGCCAACGAGGAGACUGCAGCCCAGAGCUUCUAUCAGACCUAUUUUACAGACAUCUUACAGCAUGUGUUUUCUGUUGUGACAGACAGCUCUCACACAGCAGGUCUGACAACACAAGCCACAAUUUUAGCCUACAUGUUUGUUUUGGUGGAGACGGGGAAGGUCACAGUGGCCCUUGGUUCAAACUCAUCAUCAUCACAAAAUGUCCAAUACAUACAGCAGUUCCUCCUCAACCUUCUAAAAGCAGCUUUUCCUCAUCUCAAUGAGCCACAAAUCCGAGUGUUUAUCGAGGGUGCGUUCAGCUUUGACAGAGAUAUCCCAGCCUUCAAGGAGCAUGUCCGAGAUUUCCUUGUGCAGAUCAGGGAGUUUGCUGGUGAAGACAACAGUGAUUUAUUCCUUGAGGAGCGAGAAGCCGCCAUCAAACAAGCAGCUGAUGAGAAACGAAAGGUACAGAUGGCUGUUCCGGGUAUCAUAGGACCUCACGAGAUUCAGGAAGACAUGCAGGAUUAAGGCUGCCAUGGAUUACACCUGGUCCAAUUCUGUUGAAUCUCUGCUGUGACGUGAACAGGGAACACUUCCCAUUGGGAAUUUGUCCAGCGUCUGCUUAGUCGCAAAGUGGAACAUUAAACAUAAUCCAACAAUGAAACCCUGGUCAGGUGCCCUUCAGACAGCCGCACGACUAAAAGGAUGUACCAUGUUGAGGAUCUGUUUGACAAACAUGUCCAUCUUCGAAUUCUCAAUUCGAUAUGUUUGGCAUAAAACUGACAUGUAAACGAUCACUAUUGGGCACAAACAUUUUCACCGCUUAAGAUUAAGGGGUUGAAUCAAGUGCAGAAACGAGUAUUGCAAUCAGUACAGCAUACCCAGUAUGACUUGUGAAACUUUGGUAAAGGAGGGUCGAAUGUCUCUUCACAUAGAAGGUGAUGUGUUAGUACUGGGACAAUGUGUGAAGCAAGGUGUACUCACCUCUGCUUUAGUGCUUUUUUAAGUGCAGAAACGUGGGAGAGAGUGUUUACAGAAUGUGUGUGAUGUAUGGUAUCUGAAGCAGAUGAUUUGUGAGAAAUAGUUUAAACCAUAUUUUACCAAGUGCAUAUUUCCUGAUGCAUUACUUUGGUAUAAUAUAUGCAGCAUUGAUUUUGUUUUGUUUUAUAGAUUACGCAACUGAAAUCUUAUGACUUUUCGUGCCACAAAUCACAUAUUGCAUACGUAUGUUACUUCAAUCAGAACAAGGCUCAUUAAGUGUUCUUAUCUCCAUACAGUGAAGACCUUCUCAACCAGAUAUGUCUUUUAGAUGCUAAUAAUCUAGAUCCUGUGGUUGUGGUAAUUGAUCAGAGGUAAUUUAAUACCAGUCAUACAAGGUUGAUUGCUUCAAACUGAUUUAUCGAUGAUUAACACUUCAUGAAGUUGUUAGUUUGAAGUAGACACAUCAAAUUUUUAUGAAAGUUUGAGGUUUUCAAGGUAAAUUUCCAUUGGAUUGACAGGUAGAUUCAUUACUUCAUUAUUUCUAACCUAAUCUUAGUCAAACUUGGUGAAAUUGUAGAACUUGAUGAGAGGUAGACACAUAGGCUGCUUUCAUUUAGCAGUUGGGCCAAUGUUGUUUGUUUAUGAAAUGGGGACGGACCUAGUAAUUUGAUGUUACCUUCCGGUUAGCCUUGUCAAAUACUUUCAAGGCCUGCACUUACAUUUGCAGGUCUGUCAGGCUUUAUUUUUAAAACACCACAUUUAAAAACAGAUGCACCACAGUGACCAUUUUGUCCACAUAAAUGAAUAAGCCCCUAUACUUUCUGGAUCCAUAUUCGUCAGCCUUGUGCAUUUUAUAUAUUGUUCACAAUACUCUUGUUUCAUACUUUGAUCCUACUUAUUUCCCGAAAAAUAGUUAAGUGUGAAGUUUUCACAUUACCUAGGCCUAGUAUCUCUUAUAUCACUGACACUGGAUGGUGUAUUUAACACAUGUGAUAGCCUCAAUCAUGGCAUAAUUGCUACUAGAAUAUUAAUAUUUGACACGUAGGUUAUAUUUGUGUACUGUGUACAUUGGGGUCCCUACACCCACAGACCAUAAAGGACUGUUUUUCAUUUAUUGUUUGUAUAUAUUCAUGCCUUAACGUACAACAGAAAUGUCCAGAUAUGAAAUCUGUAUACUGUCAAAAUGGUGAUUAAUUAUCCAAUAACUACUCAAAACAUGCGAAAAUUAACUAUUCCAAGAAAGCAUCUAUCUCGCUCCAGAACUCUGGGAUCUAGGUUUUGUGUAGGGGGACUAACCAUAGAAUUAAAAACAUUUGCAAUAGCAAAAAUUGUAAGGAAAUAUAACCGCAAAUAAAAGUUGUUUCUUUGGAGUCCUGGGAUUGGGUAGAUAUUUCAAUGACCAAAAAUAAGUAUCAAUACAAUGGUUUGUUGUCACUAUUGUGACUGGUCAAGUUGUAAUGAGUACUGAAUCUGUUCCACUUUUAAAUGCUGUUUUGGAAGUUACAAUAAUUAAGGAAAAUUUAGUAUCAUGAAUCUGACGCCAAGAAGUUGUUAUCCAUGCUUUAUCAACUAUAUAAACAUUUAUCUUGAACAGCUACAAUAAAAUUUUGUUUUUACUUUCCUUUUAUAGGUAAGAACCAUUUACAAGUGAUCUGGGUAUUUUCAAUCUUGUUGAAUUUUGAAAUUGAAAUAUUGAGCUGUUAACUUGUGUGCAAUGUAAUAUAUUUUAUUAUGUGACCAUGUAAAUCAAAACUUGCUUGUGUAGUGUUUCGUUCAAACUGGUCUUUCGUUGCUUGUAUCAGUGAAGUGACUAUUGAAAUCCACCUGUUAAGUCCAGCGAAUGCACUUUUUUGACAUUAUAUUUCAUUCAUUUAUUAUUUCUCAGAAUUAAUGAUAAUUUUUAUUAGCUCACCAAGAGGCUUAACUGAACUUUUGCUGUGACACUGUGUCUGUCGUUAAGUAUAAAAUUAGACCAUUAGGAUUUUAAACUUAAAACAGAUUUUUUUACAUUGAGAAUGAAUUAAACCAAGAAAGCGAUGCAGGCCUAAUGGACCUAAAUCAAUAUUGGCAUUUAACCUAUGAGUUGAGAGUAUAAUGGCAGUUCUUUCAUAUGUUCUUACUAUGCCUUCAUUUCUUAAAUAUAUACCAGUAUACAUGUUUAUUGGUAUUGUUCAAAAGUUUGAUCAGAUUAGCUCUUUUGUGCAUGUCAAAUUCAAUAUUGCAGCAUCACAACAUGAUAGAACAUGUAUAAUGUUAUAGCCUGUCGGUGGUUGUUUCAGAGCGGUUUAUUAUUUUCUAAAAGCAAUUAAGUAAGAAUUUUGGAGGUACAGCAUAUUUCAAACAUCGCAAUGCUGUUUUCAACAGUAAUAAUUAAAACAGUAAUACCCGGUUAGCUGUGCUCUGAAAGAAUCUAACUUUUACUAUACAUACCAUAUUAACAUUGUUACCUCACCUUAAUUUUGAUGGAAAAUCCUCUCUAACUAGUAAGUCAAGGUUUCUAAAAAUGUAUAGCCUUGCUCCAACAUGGCCAAUGAUGUAUCUUAUGUUUCAUGUUCAUAAUUGAAUUAAAAGGUGAUUGUUUAACAAUUUAAUUUUUCAUUUAAAUAAAAUGUUCAACAAUUGUGAAAAAAAUAAAAAUGUCAAUUCCUG